AGGAGAAAUUGUUGUAAAUGAAGUCAGUUUUGUGAGAAAAUGCAUUGCCACGGACACAAGUCAGUACGAUUUGUGGGGAAAACUGAUAUGCAGUAACUUCAAAAUUUCCUUUAUCACGGACGAUCCAAUGCCAUUACAGAAAUUCCAUUACAGAAACCUUCUUCUUGGUGAACAUGAUGUCCCUUUAACCUGUAUUGAUCAAAUCGUCACAGUAAAUGACCACAAGAGGAAGCAGAAAGUCCUAGGCCCCAACCAGAAACUGAAGUUUAAUCCAACUGAGCUAAUCAUUUACUGUAAAGAUUUCAGAAUUGUCCGAUUUCGCUUUGAUGAAUCAGGUCCUGAAAGUGCCAAAAAGGUAUGCCUUGCAAUAGCUCAUUAUUCCCAGCCAACAGACCUCCAGCUACUCUUUGCAUUUGAAUAUGUUGGGAAAAAAUACCACAAUUCAGCCAACCAAGUCAGUGGGACGCCCGCAGGGGCCGGCGGUGGCAGCAGCAGCCAGAAAACUCCCCUCUUUGAGACUUACUCAGACUGGGACAGAGAGAUCAAGAGGACGGGCGCUUCCGGAUGGAGAGUGUGUUCCAUUAACGAGGGCUACAUGAUAUCCACUUGCCUUCCAGAAUACUUCGUCGUGCCAAGUUCCUUAGCAGACCAGGACCUCAAGAUCUUUUCCCACUCGUUUGUCGGAAGAAGGAUGCCACUCUGGUCCUGGAGCCACUGGAACGGCAGUGCCGUCGUGCGGAUGGCCCUCAUCAGAGACGUCCUGCAGCAAAGGAAGAUCGACCAGAGGAUUUGUAAUGCAAUAACUAAGAGUCAUCCACAGAGAAGUGAUGUUUACAAAUCAGAUUUGGAUAAGACCCUGCCCAAUAUCCAAGAAAUUCAAGUGGCUUUUGUAAAACUGAAACAACUAUGUGUUAAUGAGCCUUUUGAAGAAACUGAGGAGAAAUGGUUAUCGUCACUGGAGAGUACUCGGUGGCUAGAAUAUGUAAGGGCGUUCCUGAGACUUUCGGCGGAACUUGUGUUCACACUAGAAAGCAAGCGUGUCUCUGUAGUCCUCCAAGAGGAGGAGGGAAGAGACUUGAGCUGCGUGGUCGCGUCUCUCGUGCAAGUGAUGCUGGACCCCUAUUUCAGGACGAUCCCUGGGUUUCAGAGUCUGAUUCAGAAGGAGUGGGUCAUGGCAGGAUACCAGUUCCUGGACAGAUGCAACCACUUGAAGAGGUCGGAGAAGGAGUCUCCAUUGUUCUUGCUGUUCCUGGACGCCACGUGGCAGCUGCUGGAGCAGUACCCAGCCGCCUUCGAGUUCUCCGAGACCUACUUGGCUGUGCUGGGCGACAGCACCCACAUCUCCCUGUUCGGCACCUUCCUGUUCAACUCCCCGCACCAGCGGGUGAAGCAGAGCACGGAAUUUGCUAUAAGCAGGAAUAUCCAGUUGGGUGAUGAAAAGGGUUUAAAGUUCCCCUCAGUUUGGGACUGGUCUCUGCAGUUCACAGCGAAGGAUCGCACCCUCUUCCUCAACCCCUCGUACGUCGGGAAGAGCACGCCCUGCAUGCAGAACGGCGCUGUGAAGUCCUUCAGACGGACAAAGAAAAACUACAGCUCCACACUGAGGCGCAUGCCGGCUGCCUUCAAGAACGGAGUCAUUGACCGAGAAAUCCUCCCUCGGAGAAACUCGUUCACGGCACAGGCAAAGCCAGACCCUCUUCCGCAAGCCGACAGCCAGGACGGCGGCAUGGAGCGGUUCUUCCGAGAGUGGUUUUCCAAGCCGGCCGACCUGCACGGCGUUCUGCUGCCCCAUGUGUCUGGAACGCACAUAAAGCUCUGGAAACUGUGCUACUUCCGCUGGGUCCCCGAGGCCCAGAUCAACCGCGGGGGCUCCAUCACCGCCUUUCACAAGCUCUCGCUGCUGGCCGACGAGGUGGACGUGCUCAGCAGGACGCUUCGGCAGCACCGGGCCGGCCCUCUGGAGGCCUGCUACGCGGAGCUGGACCAGAGCAGGAUGUACUUCCGAGCCAGCGGCCCCCACGACACCUCGGGGACACCAGACUAUCUCUCCUCCUCAUUUCCCUUCUCCCCUGUCGGCAAUCUAUGCAGACGGAGCAUUUCAGGAACACCACUGAGCAAAUUUUUAAGUGGGGCCAAAAUAUGGUUAUCUACUGAGACACUAGCAAACGAAGACUGAAAUGGAGUGUUUUCU